AUGACUUUCGCAAGGGAAAAACUUCUCGAAGAAGUGAAACGUAUAAAUGAUGCUCAGGACGGGCGAAAAGGCGUCAGCGUAGUCGUGAUCGGUGCGCCACUGAGUUGUCUCCAUAUUAACGGUCUCUUUCAUGCAUUUUUAGGUCAUGUCGACGCUGGUAAAUCCACUCUCUUAGGCCGAUUGAUGUAUGAACUCGGCGAGUUGGACGAAAAGAUUAGAAGGGCAAAUGAGAGAGGCAGCAGCUCUGCUGGGAAAAGUAGUUUCAGCUGGGCAUGGGGUCUUGACGGUACAACCGAGGAACGAGAAAGGGGCAUCACUAUGGAUAUUGCACUCCGGUCCUUAAAGACGACGCAUAGACAAAUUACCGUCCUCGACGCCCCAGGCCACAAGGAUUUCAUCCCGAAUAUGAUUUCUGGGGCAUCUCAAGCUGACUGUGCAUUGCUCGUUGUUGAUGCCACAACAGGGGAAUUCGAGGCUGGCUUUGAGAAAGGUGGACAAACUAGAGAACAUCUUCUCCUCACACGGAGCUUAGGUGUUGCUCAGGUGAUCGUAGCCAUCAAUAAACUUGACCAGGUCGAAUGGAGUGAGAGUCGAUACGAAGAAAUCUGCGCAGUUCUCCGUCCGUUCUUGGCACAAUCUGGCUUCCAUCCCAGCAAGACGAAAUUUGUUCCCGUCGGCGCAAUGCAAGGAAUCAAUUUGUUGCAGCGCGAAGGUGCUGAUUCAUCUUCCCUUCGAGAAUGGUACUCGGGCCCUACACUGGUUGAUUUUCUUGAUCAAUUGGACCCUCCCGCCCGCGAUGUCACUGCACCCCUGCGAAUUCCUAUUUCGAAUGUUUUUAAAGGCCAAGGAUCUGGUGCUGUCGCCGUCUCUGGAAGACUCAUCGCCGGUAUUGUUCAGACUGGGGAACGCUUGAGGGUUCUUCCUGGGGAUGAGAGUGCCAUAGUUAAAUCAAUUGAGGUUGAGGACAAGUUUGUCCCGUGGGCAGCGGCGGGUUCAAAUGCAACUCUCAACUUGAGUGGAAUCGAGGCCAUCAACUUGGGCAUUGGCAGUGUCUUGUGCCCUCUGACGGAUUUGAUCCCCCUGGCCACCGUAUUCACCGCUCGGAUCAUUGUUUUUGAUAUUCAAGUGCCAAUUACUGCUGGAACCUCAGUUGAACUUCAUCAUCAUUCACGUGACGUUCCUGCCACCACUUUGAAAUUAAUAUCAACCAUUGACCGCUCAUCGGGAAACGUAAUCAAAAGCAAUCCACGCGUGUUGACGAAAGGAACUUCAGCUGAAGUGCAAAUCGGACUCCGCCCAAGGAUCCCAUUAGAGCCUUUUUCCGUUAACAAAGACAUGGGACGGAUUCUUAUCCGGAGGGCUGGCGAAACUAUUGCUGCUGGUGAGUUUGACAUUCAACAUUUAUGA